UAGAGAAUUAGUCCAAAAACACGUUGUAAGAUUUCCAGGUUGUUUAUCUUGACGUAAACAGUACGUGCUAAACAUACACAAGUCACUCUCUUGAUAUUGACACUGAAACAUAGACCAAUAAACAAACAUUGAGAGCUACAAUCCAUCCAUUAGUACAGAAUCUCUAAACAAUCUCCUGAAUCCAGCUCAGCUUUAGUACUGUAUUAAAGUAAGUUUUGUUCAGAGGGUCCACCCUUUAGUUCCACACACUAGACAAUCAACACUAAGGCCUUCCUUUAAUUCCUAAAAAUCUACACCAUGUUGUUUUGCUGUGUGUCCAUGUGUAUAAAACAUCAGGUAUGGCAGUAUGCAGUCAUCCAGCAAACGGUGAAGGAGCAUCCAGAUCAUCUCUACACACUGAAUCAUCAUGGAGUCCAGAGCUUCUCUCUCCAUUCUAGCCCUGCUGCUUGGCUUAUCGCAAGCUCUCUAUCUCACCCAAACUGACGGGGAAGACAUGACAACUAGGAUUCUCACCAUCAACAAAGGAUCGAGUGAACUGCUGAUGGAGGGAGACAUACUCGCAAAAAGAAGCAGGAAUGCUCUAGUCUGCCUCUACAACAACUGUUUUUGGAAAAAGUCUUCAAAUGGCUUGGUGAAGGUUCCUUACACAUUGAGCUCAGAUUUCUCUUCUUCUGAUACGACUAUAAUUGCCAAUGCCAUGGCGAGUUUCCACAACAAAACCUGCAUUCGUUUUGUUCCCAGAAAAAAUGAAACUGACUACAUCAGCAUCAAGAACAAUGAUGGCUGCUACUCUGAUGUGGGCAAAACAGGCGGUUCUCAGGUAGUCUCUCUCAGCAGGUUGGGCUGUGUUUACUAUGGCGUCGUCGAGCAUGAGCUGAACCAUGCACUCGGUUUCUACCACGAGCACGUUCGAAGCGACCGUGAUAAAUAUGUCACCAUCAACUGGCAAAACAUUGACCCAACAACAAAGUCUAAUUUUGAUUUGAAGAACACCAACAACCUCAACACGCCGUACGACUACUCCUCUGUGAUGCACUAUGGAAACACAGCUUUCUCCAUCAAUGGUCUGGACACCAUCACCCCUAUUCCUGAUCCUUCUGUAAAGAUUGGCCAGAGACAAGAGCUUUCCACUAUCGACAUUAAGAGGAUCAAUGUUCUCUACAAGUGCUGACCAUGUCCAGAAUGUUUGCCUUGAUUUAAAUUAACUUUGAAAUCGUAUUGCAGUUAAACAUACAUUACAUAGUGAUGACAUCACUUACUGUGGUAACCAAGUAUGUAAUGAUGCAAUAA